AUGGCCCUCUGGUCCACGGCGAAGACGCAGUCAAAACAAGGCUUCGACAAAGUGUACAACUGGGUUGACAAGCUCGGUGCGCCUGUCAAUCGCCUGUCCAACAAGGUCGGCUCCGAAGCCUUCUGGCCUACAACGCUAGACAUCGAGUCGGACAAGGCUGCGAGGAUUCUCAAAAGCUUCUGUAAGGAUGGAUUCUACCAAGAAGAAGACCGGCCGAUUACAACCGAUGUCCCCAAGGGAAAGCAACGAGUCCUCAAGAAGAUACCGUCCAAGGUGAUUAAGAAUGCCAAAGGUCUCUGCAUAUUCACAACCAUGCGAUCCGGCCUCUGGGUCUCCGGAUCUGGCGGAGCUGGUGUAUUGGUUGCGCGCAAGGCGGAUGGAACAUGGUCACCACCGUCUGGUAUUAUGAUGCACACCGUGGGUGUAGGGUUCCUCGUUGGCGUGGACAUCUACGACUGCGUUAUUGUCAUCAACUCGGACAAGGCAAUGGAGGCUUUCCAGUCCAUCCGCUGCACCUUGGGAGGAGAGAUCAGCGCAGUCGCAGGUCCAGCCGGCGUUGGCGGCAUACUCGACACCGAACUUCACAAGCGCCAGUCACCACUAUUCACGUACAUCAAAUCGCGGGGCUUCUACGCUGGUCUUCAACUGGACGGAACAAUCAUAAUCGAGCGAACAGACGAGAACGAACGCUUCUACGGCCAGCGCAUAGGCGUAAAGGACAUACUGGCUGGGAACGUGAGGCAUCCACCUUACGAGAUAAAGAGGCUCAUGGAAACACUCAAGUCUGCUCAAGGCGAUACAGACGUGGACGAGUCUCUGAUACCAGAUGAGGCAACGCCCGGAGACUUUGAGGUCACAGGUCCUGAAGACAAGAUCUUUGGUGUCCCAGACGCGGUUGAUCCCGAUCCGUAUGGCGUGUUGGCAUUGCAAGAAGCCGGCCUAGAAAUCAGGGAAGCAGGCACACACAGCCGGCCAACAAGCGAACAAUUUGAGUUCAAACCAAGCGCAACAAGUCCAAUCUACAAUACUUUCAGAAAUUCAACGUUUCGGAGAAGCACGGAUCGGUUAAGUUUUGCCGGCAGUCGACGGUCGAGUUGGCGAACAAGCACCAUCAGUGGCGUGCUUGAGCCCCGGACGCCAACAGUCGAUAUGAGUACACAGACUGACGAUCUACCGCCACCGCCUCCAACCGUCAAGAAGACGCCCCCUACAUUACCGCCAAGGACGAGUGUCGCACGUACACCUACACCUCCCAUAGCAGAAGUACCCGAGACUAGGGUCGAGCAAGCCACUCCGCCACGAAUCAAGAGUGCGGACAGACUAGCCGAAGAGGCAACACCCACAGCUGCAAAGACAAAGACGGAUAGCGCCGUCGAUCCCAAGUUGAACGGCUCUCCUCGCAGUUCGACAGCUCCUGAAGCCGUUGAUGACGACGGCAGCAGUGAUGAGGAGGAGGACGACGACGAAGACGAGUUUGAAGACGAGCCAGUCGUUUAUGAGGUUCACCAGGCCGCCGCUCCACAAGCCAUUCACGCACGCGUUGUUCAAGUUGCCAAGCCAGUCGCCCCAGCCCUACCUGUCAGGAAUCCCUUCCGCAACCGUGUCUCAACGAACUCAGACGGGUCGUUGAACACUGCGCAGGGCGCAUCUCCUGUACCCUCACCCACCAAACCAAAGCAUAGCCCGGAAUCCACACCCUCGCUUAUGCGUGGUGACUCGACCUCUUCUCUGUCCUCCGUAGAGGACAACAGACUGGAGCAAAUCGGCAACAGACUCAAGCCCAAGUACUCGCAUGAGCCUUCGCCCGACGAUGAGAAGAAAGACGACAAGGACGAUACUUACCAUUCGCUCCCAGAGUCUCCGAUGAAGAGCAUUCCGGGAGGUUUCAACUGA